AUGGAUACAAAUUUCACUUCGUCAACAACUCAAAGAGGAGAAAAAUCACUUUUAUACAACAAUUAUUUAUAUCGAUUACGACGUGAAAACCAGAAUGGUUCAUUCAUAUGCGUUUGUAGAACUAAGUCCUGUCCUCGUGUUAUUACCUUAAAAAAUGAUGCAAUCAUAAAAUGCGAUGUUACAAGUCAUAAUCAUGAUCCAAGACUUACUGAGAAUAUACAAAAUGUAUUUACUGGAUUAAAACGUCGUGUAAUAACUGAGUUUGAUCAACCUAUAGGCAAAAUUUACGACGAAGAAGUAAAAAGAUUUCGUCGUUCAAAUGGUUCAGCUGCUUCAAUACCUAUUUUUGAAACUUGGAAAUCAACCUUAUAA